AUGUCCGAAGACCUCCGCGAUGAGGUAGAAGCUCUCAACUCCAUCUACGGCGAGGGCUGCCUCUCCCUGUCCGAGGACCAAGACGACAGCGCAUCAACGACAUACAUCCUCCAGCUGCCCGGCGAAGAAGCCUCAUCGCUAAGGCUCCAAUUCCCGCAUUCGUAUCCCGCCGAGCCGCCGACGGUGGUGGGCACGCAGCACAGCUCGGGGGGCAAGAGGGGCGCUGGAGCGAGGGACCUGGGAGUCUUUAGGGAAGCUCUGGGGACGGUGUUCCAGCCGGGGAGCGUGUGCCUGUUUGAUGCGGUGGAGGAGUUUUCGAGGAGGAUUGAGGAGGAGCGGGAGCGGGAGGAAUUACUUCGCCAAGAGCAGCAGCAGCAUGAUGAUGAUAACGAGGAGCCCGGUGGUGGUGGUGAAGAAGGUGUGAAUGCGGCUCGAGGCGAGAGGGCGCUCAGCGGCGGCGGCGCAGAGCAGAUUGAUUUCGCCUCCAUGGAACCUCCCCCCUGGACCGUCUCGGAUGUUGUCGUGGAGAACAAGUCGACGUUUGUCGCGCACGUGGCGCGCGUUUCGUCGCCGGCGCAGGCGAAGCUCUUCCUGCAGCACCUCCUGUGGUCGGAUCGACGGAUCAGGGCGGCCACGCACAACAUUAGCGCGUGGAGGAUCCGCGGGCCGGGGGCGACGAGUUACUCGGAUUGCGACGACGACGGGGAGGACGCGGCGGGGGGCAGGCUGUUGCAUCUGCUGCAGCUGAUGGAGGUGUGGGAUGGCAUGGUUGUGGUGAGUAGGUGGUAUGGCGGGGUGAAGCUGGGGCCGAGGAGGUUUGCUUUGAUUAAUGGCGUUGCGAGGGAUGGGCUUGUCAAGGCUGGG